AGUCGGCAGUUUUAUCAAUAAACAAAGCUCACAGGUAGCCUAACGUUUACAUUGGUUUAUUGAUAAAAUUGCCGACUCCUGUGGACAUUUCUUAUUAUUAUAAAUAGAAUAAAAUUAUCCAAUGGUAUGCAAGUAAAAAAAACAGUUAUAUUGAGGAUACAUAUAUCGUCUUUAUUGGUCCCUAAUUUUUUAUUUUUUAUUUUUUUUAAAUAUAUAUAUGUUAUGAAGGGGAGGGUGUGAGACUAACGCUCGUUUUCUUUAGGCUAACUAUGUAUUUGAUGUUUUAUUUUUAAGGAUACGAGCAGAUCAAGGUCUGCGUCGCCAGAAAAAGGGUCUAUCCAAAGAAACCGGUAUUCAGUUGGAGGAAGAGGGCAGGGACAAAAAGGAAGAACAAGGCAGGGACAAAGAAGAGGGUUGUCAAUGCGCAAUGGACAUGGUAGACAACAGGAUCUGACUAAUAGAACUGCCAUGGCAGAGAUCAGAGAAACAGAUGUUCAAGAACGGAUAAAUACUUAGACCCCAGAGCAGCUGCGUGGAUUAGUCAUGAGAAUGUAUCAGAGACAGCCCUCAUUUGUAUUGGAUAUAAUUGAUGCUCAUACAACAAAUGACAAUAGCAACAGGCCUGGCAGUUCCUGUGUUAAUGUUCCAGUCUGGUGUCCAUGCACUUUCUGUCGUGAGAUGCCAGUAGACACAGAGAAAGUUCGCUGUAAUAAGACACCCUCAAACUAUCAUUUCAGACUAAGAGAUUUUGACAUCAUAGUACUGGAUGAGUUGGUAUUAGAAGUUGCAAGACGUAUGCGAGAAGACAUGCUGGUUGAAGCCAGAGACCAAAAUUUAAACAGGGCAAACCGUUACGCUGCUUAUAGACAAUACAUUCUUUGGAUCCAUGGCCAUCUUGGAGCAGGGAAUAGAAGGGUCAUCCCAAGUUGUGUUAUUUGGCGCAUAAGAGAUAAAUAUCCUGAUCCAUUUGGACACUAUGUUGGAUUUAUUGAUGGUAGACUUGGCUAAAUAAUACACGGACACUUUUUAUUCAUUAUUGGCUAAAUUAAAAUCUGUAUCUAGACACAUUUGUCUUAUCUGUAUAUGAAUUUCAUAUCAAUUAAAUUAGAAACUACA